UGGCAAGAACGGGGACGAUCAACAUUCAACACUGGCCCACAAUCAAUAACCCCUAUCGAUAAACGAAUUCGUGAUAGGAACCUACAUGCAUCAUCAAUGAGGGAGGGUGUGCAGUUCAUCAAUCCAUAUGGUUAGCUCUCCUGCCCCAACCAAACUCCUUUAAUACACAAGUACUUGCUUACACUGCCAGCUCUAUAUUUUGUUUUACGGAGAGAUCGAAGUACCAAAUCCCAUUUGCAUCCUGAACAGAAUCCUUUCAAAUUCACAGGGGUUGCUUCCUCUUCUUCUUCUUCUUCUGUCUUUUCGUGAACUGGGUCGCUCUCAUUUGAUCUUUAAAAUGAAGGUGACUGUAGUUUCUCGCAGUGGUAGAGAGGUCACUAAAGGGGGCCUUGAGCUCAGUGAUUCGGCUACAGUAGCUGAUCUGCAAGAGGCUAUUCAUAAGCGAACCAAAAAAUUCUACCCUUCUAGACAGCGGCUGACCCUACCUCUUCCACCGGGAUCAAAGGAAAGGCCUGUUGUCCUUAGCUACAAGAAGAACCUCAAAGAAUACUGUGAUGGGAAUUUGAAUAGCUUAACUGUUGUUUUCAAGGACCUGGGUCCGCAAGUUUCCUAUCGCACACUCUUUUUCUGUGAAUACUUGGGUCCUUUGGUGCUCUAUCCUUUUUUUUACUACUUCCCAGUCUACCAGUUUUUGGGCUACAAGGGAGAGCACAUCAUGCACCCAGUUCAGACAUAUGCAUUGUACUACUGGUGCUUCCACUAUUUCAAACGCAUCAUGGAAACAUUUUUUGUGCACCGAUUUAGCCAUGCAACCUCGCCACUCUCCAAUGUGUUUCGAAAUUGUGCUUAUUAUUGGACCUUUGGUUCCUUUAUCGCUUACUAUGUGAACCAUCCCCUUUACACCCCUGUUAGUGAUCUUCAAAUGAAGAUCGGAUUUGGAUUUGGUUUGGUUUGUCAACUUGCAAACUUGUAUUGCCAUAUGUUGCUGAGGAAUCUUCGCCGUCCAGGUGGGAAUGGUGGCUAUCAAAUUCCAACCGGGUUUCUCUUCAAUAUUGUGACAUGUGCAAAUUACACAACAGAGAUUUAUCAGUGGUUAGGUUUCAACAUUGCAACCCAGACUGUUUCAGGGUACUUUUUUCUUGUGGUUGCUACUUCCAUCAUGACCAACUGGGCCCUUGCAAAGCAUCGGAGAUUGAAGAAGCUAUUUGAUGGAAAGGACGGAAGACCCAGAUAUCCACGCCGAUGGGUUAUACUGCCCCCAUUCCUGUAGAAUAACUGGUAUCUCUGCCACUAGUCAGCUUCUUUGGUACAUCAUCUGAUUCGGUGUCAGGAAUCUCAUAUUUCUGGGGACUGUGCCCCUGUCCAAUAGAAAAUGGAGCACACGUUCUCAUUGAAUUCUCGUAGAUCUUUAAGUCUUUUAUUGUAGACAACAUAAAUUAACGGAGACACUUGGCGAUGGGGAUACUUCACUCCAUAAUCCUUUAUUUCUCUUCCUGUCUUGAAUUAUCUGGAAUAGAUUUACUUAAUCGUGUUGGUUUGUUUCACUCAUUGAAAUGGUGGCAUGGUUAUGAGUUUUGU